AUGACGAUGACCUCCUUCGUCCCUCGCAGCGUCUUCCCGACACUCGAGUCGCUGCCGCGGUCAUACUAUCUUGGCCACCAUGCUGCUGGACUGUCGAAGAUGCGGACGAUGCUGUCGCAGAUCGAUCGGAUCAUCGAAUGCCGCGACUACCGCAUCCCGCUGACCUCGCGCAACCCAAUGUUCGAGGAAAGUUUGGCUGGGAGGGAGAGGAUGAUCGUCUACACCAAGAAAGAUCUGGGAAGCACUGGCGGCGCGGAAGAGCAGAAGCGACAUGAAAGCAUUCGUACAUGGCAUACCCCCACCAAGGUCGUCUUCUCCAACCACCACGAGCGGAAGGAUGUCCGUCGGAUACUGGACCUAAUCAAAGAUGCGAACAAUGCAAGAGGCGGACUGACGGGAUCACAUCUGAUGGUCGUGGGAAUGCCCAAUGUAGGCAAGUCGUCUCUGCUCAAUGCCCUACGAAGAGAAGGCGUAAACAAGGGCAAAGUGGCGCAUACUGGCGCGCAACCAGGUGUCACACGUAAGAUAGGAACAGGCGUCAAGAUUGUGGCUGCAGACGAACAGACCGGAGCUGGAGGAGUAUAUCUACUGGACACACCUGGAGUCUUCAUGCCGUAUGUUCCCGAUGCAGACGCGAUGCUCAAGCUAGCAUUGUGCGGGAGCGUCAAAGAUACAGUGGUACCGCCUUUCAACCUGGCCGACUACCUCCUCUUCCACGUGAACAACCACGAUCCGACUGUCUACUCGGACUACUUAGAACCCACCAACGAUGUCAUGGGAUUGCUUGAGGCUAUUGCCAACAAGACUGGUCGCUUGCAGAAAGGAGGCACGCCGGAUCUUGAGGGGGCAGCAUUGUGGAUGAUCCAACGAUGGAGGAAUGGUCACCUUGGCACGUUCUUGUUGGAUGACGUGACUGAGCAGGCAGUUGCAAGAUACCGUUUCGAGGAGAACAACAGAACGAGCAGUAUCAGCCAAGCGAAGAAGGCUGGUAAAGAAGCCCUGAGACUCCGCAACAAGGCACGGAGAUCUGGUGCGGAGUGA